AAAACCAUAACAAACAAUAGCUCGUGGUCGUGGGUUCGUGUUUUGUGUUUUGUGUUUCUUUCCCUCAGUAGAGAGUCUUUCUCUGCCAUUGUGUUUUACGCUACUAGUUUUACUAGUUGUUUUUGCUUCGACAGUAGAGAAUUUGGAAGGAAAAGCUAGAGAUGGGUUAUGGAAAGGAUCAGCUUCUUGCUCGAUUGAAGGAGCUUCAAAUUGACUUUGUCCAAUAUGAACAUCCCACUGUCUUGACUGUCGAAGAGCAGGCUAAAUACGUUGGGGAUAAAGGAGGUGGAUUGAGUAAAAAUCUGUUCUUGAAGGACAAGAAAAGUAGGUUCUACAUUGUUUCUGCUUUGGAGGAUACCAAAGUAGAUAUGAAAGUUUUAUCUCAAAGGCUUGGUUUGGGAAAAGGAGGUAUCAGAAUGGCUCCUGAAGAAGCAUUGGCUGAGAUACUUCAGGUUCCACUGGGUUGUGUUACCCCUUUUGCAGUGAUGAAUGAGUCAGCACGACAUGUCUCUCUCUUGCUGGAUAAAGGAUUUAUAGCACAGGAAUAUUGCUUCUUCCAUCCACUAUCUAACAAUAUGUCAAUUUCUCUUCAUGCUCGCGAUCUCGACAAGUUCCUCAAAUCAAUUGGGAGAGAGCCCUCGUAUGUUGACCUGGAGGCUAACCCACCAGUGGGGAAGGAUCAACCUCCUGAUCUGGCUAUUUUUGUUCCGUCUGAUUCCACUAUUCUAUCUGAUCCUCCACAAAAGGAAGCUCCGUUGCAAGGGCAUAAUAAAAAUCCUAUUUCUGCGGAUAAGAAAUCCAUAGCUGCUGCUGUGAAAACUACCAAGCUGCCCAGUACGGUUAAAAAUGUUCAAGGCGAGUCUGCUGUUCCUGCACAUCAGCGAAGUGUGUUCUCAGAUGCUGACCUACUAGUGGAAGAAAUUCUGAAUAAAACGUCUGCUCUCUUGCUUUCAGAAAUUAAAGAGGACUCUAUCAAAGAACAUGGUGAACAUCUUGGCACUGUGGUUGCUGACAGUAUCAGAAAGCGUCUCAGCUCAGAUUUGAAAAGCUUAGCUAUAAUGUUCAAGAACACGGCUUAUGCGCAAGGGUUUUAUGCUGGCACUCAUCGUCAUCCCAAGCCAUUAUGAAGGUUUCUGCAAUGAUAUACUACCUGAGUGAAGAACAUAAAAAGGGAACACUGCAUUGAGACAUUCUACAAUGGAUACAUGCUUUUCCAAAGUAGGGCAUGGUUCACGCAUUCCAAAAUUUAUUAUGGUCAUUCAUGUAUUUUGACUGCUUCGACUUUGUGGCUUCUGCUGCAACAGAGCUAGCAAUUAAGUCUUGUAAACAGCCUAUGAUGUAUGAUGGCUUCCAAGUUCUGAGCAGACUUGCUCAUUGAUUUCCUGUACUUAUUAUUCUUAUUUAAUUCUACUAUUUGGUCUCCACCUUGUCCUAA